AGCCGGCUGAACUGGCACCGGUUCAGGAGGAGCCAGCCGGAGAAUCGUCGGCGGUGGUGAUAGAACAGUCGAUGUCUUUCAAGGAAGAGAGCAAUGUCGUUGCUGACCUUAAAGACAAUGAGAAGAAGGCCCUCGAGGAGCUCAAGCAGCUCAUCCACGCUGCCCUCGCCGCCAACGAGUUUGCCCCGCCACCGCCACCGCCACCGCCCGCCGGUCCCAAGGAGAAGGUCAAGACUGGAGGGCACGCUGCUGAGGUCGUGGAAGAGAAGACUGUCGAAGCUAUUGAGGAAACCAUCGUCCCCGUCGUUGCUUCGUUGGCUGAGGAUCCGGCGCCACCGACUGCCGUUGAGGAGAAGGGCGCAGUGGCUAUCGAGGAAACAACCAUCCCCGUCGACGCGCCGGCCGGCGCGCGACAAGACUGA